ACGCGGCGGAUUUUCGGCCAGUCUCGGCUGGCCAGACCCGCAUCCGCGGCGGUGGGUGUACCCCUCAGGACGUGAGCCCCUGACCCACGCCAACCCCGCCUGCGAGAGGGCGCCCGAGGGCGCGCGCGCCCCGGACUACUCGUGUGCGCCAGCCUGGGGGUGGGCACCCGGGAACCGCUGUGUGUGCCCGGCACCUGGGCUGUGCACCCGGAGACUGCUUGCUCCCCGAAACCGGGUGUGCGCGGACCCCAGACAUCGCCGGCAGCAGGCAGCCGGACUUCCGCUGCUCGCCAAGCAGGGAAGCCGAUGCUGAUGUGCUGAACUCCCGUGCAGUCAGCUUUUCGGUCCAGUAGCCCGAACCUUGCUUCCUGGAAGGCAGACUGCUCUGGCUCCGGGCUGUGGCUGCAGGAGGAUGCCAAGGGAAGAGCUCUCCAACAAAUUUUACAGACGGACUGGAUGAAGAGUAGCUGAGAAGCUGACAGUCAGCAUUUCCUAAGAUGGAAAAGACAGAUGCCAAAGACCAGUCUUCCCAAAGGGAUGAUGAGAAAGAUCUUCCAAAGUACUCUGUGGAGACCCCAUAUGGCUUUCAUUUAGACCUGGACUUCCUCAAGUAUGUGGAUGACAUUGAGAAAGGAAACACCAUCAGAAGGAUCCCUAUUCACAGACGGGCCAAGCAGGCCAAGUUUAGCACUUUGCCCCGAAACUUCAGCCUUCCUGACAGCGGGGCUCGUCCCCAUGCUGCUUUUCCCCACCCAAACUGGUCACCACUGGCCCCAAGAAAGGUGUUCCUCAGGACAGAGGAGAGGGCUCAGUCACUGCCUCUUGGGGAUGCCCCCCACACCUGUGCUGGUGGAAGUGAGCUGAGCUACCACAGGAAGGCCUUGCUGGCGGAGACUGCCCGACAGUUAGAGGCUGUCGUUCUUGGGGACACUGAACUCACCUCCGGGAGUGGACGGCCCCAACUCUUAAGAGCAUCUAGCAUGCCAGCCACACUGCUGCAAAACAGGGCCUCAGAGGACACCAGCCUCAACUCAGAUCCCCCCACAUUCCCUCUUCUUCAGGGUGAAAGCAGUGUCUGCGAUGGUGCAUUUGGCCCUGCGGAAGGGUUUGUAGGUCUUCACGGCCCUGCCUCACGAGUAUUGGCCCAGCCCAAAGUCAGAGAGUUUGGAGACCUUGUGCCAGGGAUUCCGGAGCUGGUUCGGGAGAUGGCUGAGCCUCCCGAGGUUUCAAAUCACCUCUCUCCCCCAGUUCCUCAUUUUUCAUCUCAGGCUGCACCACAUGUAGUUCUGGAGGAUGCAAAAGACAAAUUCAAUAUUAGAGAUGCAGAAGUUGUGGUCACUCCUGGCUCCCCAUCACCAAGCCCCCCACCUCUGCCAUCACCCAUCCCUGAAAAUGAGCUGGAAGAAAUUGAGCUCAACAUCAGCGAGAUCCCACCCCCACCACCUGUCGAGGUAGAUGUGAGGAGCAUUGACACCCAGGUCACAGAGGAAAACCUGGGCCUUCCCAGGAUGGACCCCAGAAACAUCUCCAGUCUGAAACAGCAGCUCAUGGACCUCGAGGGCAAAUUGUCUGGAAGAACUGAGGAACUGGCCCAGGUCAGAUCUGCUCUCCAGCAGCAGCAGGAGGAAAUCAAGUCUAGAGAGCAGAGGAUUCGAGAGCUGGAGUGUACCAUUUCUCAACUGGCAGCAAAGCUCGGCCAUGAGAACACCAAAGAUGCGCAAGGCCAAACAGAUGCCACGGUCAACACUGACCCUCUCCACGGCAUCUUGGCCAGGGAGUCAUGUGACAAGAGCAUUGGGGUUGAUCUUCUGGGAAGCACGGGAUUGAGAAGCUGGGGGGCCAGAGGAGAGGAGAAUGGCCUCCUGUGGGGGCAGGACGGUCACAAAGGAGGGCAUCAGAGCCCUACAGAACUCAUGCCAACACCCCAGUUGUCACUGCCGGGGGGACCCGACUCGGUCCUCACCUCCUCAUUGCACAGCUGCUUCUGCACUGAGCUCAGGAUUGAAGAAACAGGCUCUGAGCAGGAGGAAGGCCCUCCGGGGGGGAUUGGAGCUCUGGUCAGUGAAGCAGGGGACUCUUUAUGGAGGGACAAGGCCUCUCCCACAGGGAAGCAGGAGGCCGGUUCAGAGAUCCCGGAGAAGGAGGGCCCAGGAAAGCCACCGAGCUCACCCUCCGACGCCACUAUUGGGCAGUAUGUUAAAAAGAUCCAGGAGCUCCUGCAGGAGCAGUGGACCUGCCUGGAGCAUGGGUACCCCGAGCUGGCCAGCGCCAUCAAGCAGCCUGCCUCCAAGCUCAGCAGCAUCCAGAGCCAGCUGCUCAGCUCCCUCAACCUGCUGCUGUCUGCUUAUUCCGCCCAAGCGACACCCCAGAAGGAGACCCCAGGCCCCUCUUCCUCCCCCCCGAUGGGUAAAUACCAGUGUCCAGGGCAGGAAAUCUUUUCUCCUUCACCGGUCAUGUCUAAGGAGAUCUCCCCGUCGACCAGCCUUAAGUCCAUAAUGAAAAAGAAAGACUAUGGCUUCCGUGCAGGAGGUAAUGGGACCAAAAAGAACCUUCAGUUUGUUGGGGUUAACGGUGGCUACGAGACCACCUCCAGUGAGGAGACCAGUGGUGAGGACAGCUCCCCUGAAGACUUGUCUGACAGUGAGGCUGAGAAGAAGUGUGAUGGCCCAGAACACAGGCUGGGCAAGGAUGGCCAUGCCAGCUGCCAGGAGGAGAAGGGCCUCCCCAAGGGCACUGGAAGUGUGGGCCAGGAAAGGGGAUCUAGAGAAGAACUCGCCCUUCCCAAAGCUGAGAGAUAUAAACCCUCUGAAGAAUUUCUUCAUGCGUGCCAGGCCCUGAGCCAACAGCUACCAGACAUCGGGAGCACAACUGACCAACUCUUGAGGCAAAGCUUGAAUACCAUCAGCCAAGAGUGGUUCCGAGUCUCUAGCCGGAAAUCAUCCAGCCCUGCCGUGGUGGCCACCUACCUCCGUGGGGUCCAGCCUUACUCCCCACACUUCCUAAAGCUGCUCGUCAACUUGGCUGAUGGCAAUGGGAACACAGCCCUUCACUACAGUGUGUCCCACUCCAACUUCUCCAUCGUGAAGCUGCUGCUGGAGACAGGUGUCUGUGGUGUGGACCAUCAAAACAAAGCUGGCUACACCCCCGUGAUGAUCACACCCUUGGCUUCUGCAGAGACUGAUGAAGACAUGGCUGUUGUCUGGAGGCUCUUACGAGAAGGAAACGUGAACAUUCAAGCUACUCAGGGAGGCCAGACCGCGCUGAUGCUGGGAGUUGGCCACGACCGGGAAGACAUGGUCCAGGCACUACUGAACUGCCAGGCAGAUGUCAACCUGCAGGACCAUGAUGGAUCUUCGGCCCUCAUGCUGGCCUGUCACCAUGGCAACGCUGACAUGGUGAGGCUGCUCCUGGCACACCCGGCUUGCGACAGCAGCCUAACUGACAAGGCUGGUCAAACAGCUUUGUCCAUCGUUCUGAAAUCACCCGCCCAUGUGGAAAUUGCUGGGCUUCUGCGGGCCCACGCGGAUCAGGGCAGGUCCCUGGAGCCAUAGAGGUGGCGGAAGAACUGGCAGCUUGGAACAAAAGGCUCCUUCUCUGGACUCCUCCUCGCCCUUGGAGAGGGCAUGGGUCAUACGCAGAAGGCCACCCCUCCAGAGAAGAAACUAUGUCAAAUAUGCACAUACAUUCCUGUUGUAGAAUUCUGCUCAUUAGGAAGCUUUGUAGUUUUCGCCUUAGGCCAAGCCCCCAAACUACUGGCGCUACAGAACAGGGUGCAAGGUAGAGGGUGCAUUAGCGUUGUCAAAAAAUCCCAAGCAUCUUCAGCCUUGAAUUCCUUGUGACUGGCCUUUGUAGCACCAUAGAGCCAGCAGGCAAGCAGGAGCACAUUAGCAGAGCAAUACUUUACAAGAAAUUUUAAAGCGCGCCAUCUUUUUGUUGUGUAAUCCAUUAUCCAUGAAUAUGUUUUGUUAACUAUGCAUGUCUAGAAGAUGAGGGAAAUUUCAAGCAGCUACCUUGGCAAUCAUCUUCCAGAGAACCCUAGGAGAAUCAUCAUGCAGAGUGGUGAAACUGAACAGACCCCAAGUGGGACCUUUGUUUAGCUGAGGUUGACACAGAGUUCUGAAGUUCAGACAAGGGAGGCAGGAGCAGACCAGCAUCAGAGGCCAAAUGCAGUCUCGGCUGUUUCCCAGUCAUUGUGUGGCUCCAAUUUGCACCAGGGAAAUUAGGAAAUUCAAUCUAGUGAAGCACACCACAUGUUCAGGCAGAGCCGUGAGAUGUUCCGAAUCUGUAGAAGGAACAAAUGGAGAGCGUCUUCCUGAGACCAGUGAUUGUCAUCCAGCGGUCACACCUUCCCCCCUCACAGUAUCAGAGGCUUCGUGACUAAGACUGUUCUGUUCCCACAUUGCCUUUAUGAGCAAACGAUGAGCCCCCAUGAAGCUUGGCAAUUUCUGGGGUUCCAGAUUGCAGGACCUGCCAGUCUGGGCUGUUAGCGAGCGUCGUGGGAGCCAGACUGGACCAGCCCACUCUGGGCUGACAGCUCAUUGGACAACUUUGUUCUAAGCUUCAUAACCCCACCUGGGCAUGGCUCAUAAUCAGUAACUCACUCAGGUGAUCUAUGAAUUUGUUCUUAAAGUCUCAUGUGAAAAAAAAUCCCCCUCAUGUAAAAAGAAAAGGCAUCAAAGUUCAGGAGCCUCACACUGGAAAUGCAGAAGUUGGAGUUCUCAUUUUGACCUAGGUGCCAAUUUGCUCAUGCCCUUUAAAUGAAUCACAGACUCCCUUUGGGUCUCAGUUUAAUCAUCUCUAAAAAUGGCAAUUAUCGUACAGCCUAUCUCCUGGGGGGGUUUCUACAAGGAACAGCUAGUAGAAGUUGAGGAAUCCAAUUUGUGAUCCAUAAAGACUGCUGAAAUGGCUCAGCAAAUUUCUGUAUGAUGUUGUGAUUCACAAGAGAGGCUCAAAAUCCCAGAGCACGAUGGCUAAGGUGUGAUGGUGUAGUCCAGAGGUGGACAGAAUGGAGCAAACAAUGAGCUAAGAAUGCUUUGGAAGAGUUUAUUUGACCUCAAAGCACAUUUUAAAAGCAAAAUCCUACAGUAAAAAAUGUUCUACCCCAGGGCUUUUCAAACUUUGUGUGCAUACAAAUUGACUAGAGAUCGUGUUAGAAUGCAGAAUGGGAAGGCCAAGGGCCUCGGAUGCUGCAUUUCUAACCAGUUCCCAGAGGAGAACGACAGUGUGGGGCCAGCAGAGCUCUGGCCUGUCCUGACUGUUGAUAUUAAAAUGCAGCCUGUCAAUA